UACAUGUCAACCUUUUUUAUUUUUCCAAUUCGUGACCGAGAUAGACACUUAGUUUGUCUUUGAAAACCCACUUUCUCAUAAUUCUUCUUUCUUCUAAUUGCUAUAAACUGAACAAUCCUCAAAUAGUCAAGGUUAAUUAAAACCUUCUGUAGUGUAUACUGAUAUACGCAUACAAAAAGGGAGAAAUGGUUUCAGGACUUAGUGAUGAAGCAGUGAUGGCCGUCCGAUUAGCCAUAAUAGUGUUGUCAGCAGUGGUCUUUGCUGGUUACAUGAUGAUCUGGGUCAUGAAGCCCACAAAUGUUUAUUUUGUAGACUGGCAGCCUCAUAUUCAAGCAAAGGCUGAUUCCAAAUUUUUCGGAGAGCAAGGUGAAUACACGCUGGUCUACAUGUUCCCCAUUCUCUUUAUUGCUACCUUAGCCUGUGUAUACCUCCAUCUGGGAAAGAAAUCCGUUGGCAGUGGCUCCAGCAAAGUCCCAUCUUGGUUUGCCUGGUGCAAACGUCCAAUACUCGUGAAGGGUCCUCUGGGGAUUGUGUCGUUGAUAGAGCUAUCAUUUCUUGGUAUGUUAUUUGUCUUAAUGGUGUGGUCAUUGUAUUCUUACUUGCAAGCCAUGUUCGCAUUUGCUGCUCCUACGGCUGCUUCUUUGGGAUUCCAAGUGUGGGAAGUCAAGUUGGAGUUAUCAGCUUUAUCUCUGGGACUCGCUGGGAAUAUCUGCCUUGUCUUUCUCUUCUUCCCAGUAACUAGGGGUUCCUCAGUUUUGCAGCUAAUUGGCCUCACCUCAGAGGCAAGCGUCAAGUACCAUAUAUGGCUAGGCCAUAUUACUAUGACCAUCUUCACUGCCCAUGGCUUAUGUUACAUUAUCUUUUGGGCCAAAACCCAUCAAUUGUCUCAGAUGCUAAAAUGGGACAAGUACUUUAUUUCGAACGUAGCCGGAGAAAUAGCUUUGCUCUCUGGAUUGAUCAUGUGGCUCACAAGCUUAAAACGCAUAAGACGAAAGAUUUUCGAGCUCUUUCUGUAUAGUCAUCAUCUCUACAUUCUUUUUGUCGUCUUCUAUGUGUUUCAUGUUUGCUUCUCUCGUGCUUGCAUAAUCCUUCCUGGUUUCUACCUCUUCAUGAUCGAUCGGUAUUUGAGGUUCUUACAAUCCCAACAAAGAAUUCGUUUGGUUUCAGCACGAAUUUCGCCGUGUGAAACUGUAGAGCUAAAUUUCUCAAAAAGCCCAGGAUUGAGGUAUGCUCCAAGAAGCACCGCGUUUGUAAAUGUGCCUAAAAUUUCCAAGGUACAAUGGCAUCCCUUUACCAUCACAUCCAGCAGCAAUAUGGAUCCAGAAAAGUUAAGCAUAGUCAUCAAAUGUGAAGGAAAUUGGUCUCACAAGUUGUACCAGAUGUUGUCAUCCCCUGAACCGAUAGAUCGCCUUGAGGUCUCCCUUGAAGGGCCCUACGGUCAUGGUUCAACUCAUUUUAUGAGACAUGACUUGCUAGUGAUGGUGAGUGGAGGAAGUGGGAUAACCCCUUUCAUCUCCAUCAUUCGUGAGGUCCUAUUUCUGGCCAAUACAGCGAAUGGCAAGAUGCCAAGGAUUCUCCUCAUAUGUGCUUUCAAGAAAUCUGAGGAACUCACCAUGCUAGACCUUCUACUCCCAGUCACAGCCACCGCCUUUGACAUAUCCCUUUUGCAGUUGAAAAUUGAAGCCUACAUUACCAGAGAGCAAGUGCUCCAAGCAGAUGGCAAAAAGCUCCUCAGAACAAUAUGGUUCAAGCCUAACGUAUCAGAUGUGCCAGUUUCUGCAGUCUUGGGUCCUAAUAGCUGGCUUUGGCUUGGUGCAAUCAUUUCAGCUUCUUUCGUAAUCUUCCUCAUCCUCAUCAUCAUUCUCGCGCGAUACUAUAUAUAUCCAAUUGACCAUAAUACUGAUAUGAUAUACUCAAUGCCUGCAAGGGCUGCUUUAAACCUAUUCCUCAUAUGCAUUUCCAUGGUGAUGGCUGCCUCUGCAGCAGUUCUUUGGAACAAGAAACAGAAUGCCAGGGAAAUGAAGCAAAUUCAGAACGCAGAUAUGCCAACACCAGCAACAUCCCCAGGUUCACAGUUUCACCAUGCUGACAGAGAAUUGGAAAGCCUACCUCAGCAAUCGCUUCUCCAAGCCACCAGGGUGCACCCCGGUGAAAGGCCGAACUUUAAGAAAAUAUUGUUGGAGUGCAAAGGAGACAGUGUAGGAGUUCUUGUAAGCGGGCCAAGAAAGAUGAGGCAGGAAGUGGCAGCAAUCUGCUCAUCCAGUUUGGAAGCUAACCUAUAUUUUGAGUCUAUUAGCUUUAGCUGGUGAGGCACGGGGAGAGGACACUACAUUUUCAGAUUCCAAAAAUCCUACGGGCAGUUUCAUACUUACAGUGAUAAAGAAAGCUUAAUGAUGAAAUUAAUCUGUCAAGCAGACGAAAACUUUCUGUAAAAC